ACUAUUUUCAACACUCAUCCACUAAUGAAACAUCCAUCUCACACAACUUGUGCUAUGCCCCCAAUCCUGGACGUAAACGACUGCAUUGAGUCUCGCAGCCCAGCCGGCCGGGCCAGGCUUACAGCUAUGAUUUUUUGUCUGAUUCGAUCAAAUGCUUAUCCGACAUCAUCUGAAACUCAAAACCUUGAAACCUCACCUUAA